GCUCAAUAUUUUCUCCAGGUUCGCUGUUAUUAAGUAAUCCUGUACUAGACCCUAUCGAUUCUUGUACUGGUUUGGGUAGUCAUUUCAGUCACAACUGUCUGACUCCCAACUACGAAUUGCUUUUUACUAGACAGAUAUCGACUAUCCAUCGAUUAUCUAACUCCCAACUACGAGUACUAUCUAAGGAAGAAAAAUACAAGUACAACAAGCAACAUGUUAGCGGCAUUCUCAGCUGACGCAUCGCACCAGGAGGUGGCCAGAAUUAUCUCCGAGAUCGAACAGAUCUUCUUCGCUUCUCAAGCAGAACAAUUGCCAGUCGAGAGCAUUGAGUUUUACCUACUCAACGACCUGGGUUAUGGUGACGUCGAGGAGUUCAGAGAUGCUUUAGGAUGCUCGUUUGUGGACUUCUUGAGGAAGCUGCCACACGUCAGAGUUUGGUACUAUUUUUACAUCACGUCGAGGACCAUUAUGUUUCAUUUCUUUUGAGGAAUCGCAAGCACGCGCGAUAGGAUAGAUGGCCAUGAAAAUGAAAUGGAGCUGAUGUUGUUAUGCUAUGCUAGAUUGCUUUUGCUGCGUACAUCUACAUUGUCGUGGUUCAUGUUUUGGUGUGCUCAAUCGAACGAUGAGUGGUCGCCAACAAAUAGUCUCCUCUGAAUUUCUCCCAGCAUUGGCAUUUUAUCUCGUCCUCAUGUCAUCUUAUUCACACUCACAGGGAAAAGCCAGCCCCCGAAGGAGAAACAGCGACAUCCGAAGACCAAGCAGCGGAGAAGAAGUAUCUUUUUUCCGUUUCUCCUCCAGAGUCCCGAUCAGCCCAGACCUUCAAAAUCAAAGUGGAAACCUCUGAGGAUCUCUUUAGAACGCUGCUUUUAUCCCCCUUUCCCGCCAAAUGGGGAAUCCCAGAGCUCGAAUUCGAGUCUCAGGGCAGCGAAAAAGUAGUUGUCGACAGCUUGUACAACCAUUUGGCGCGUGCAGUUACAAACCUCGAACAACAUGCAGCCAUGAGUAAGAAUGCGGGACAAGACACUACGGCCCUCGUUGCGGCAGUAGCGGAGUUGAAAGGCGCGUUAGAUGUGGAUACGGCGUUUACGUUUGAGAUCAUAGAUCCAGAUGGUCAAUGCGAAAUCUCGCCUUUGGAUGAAGGAGUGGAGAGGAAAGAGUUGUCGGAAGAGGAAAAGUUGGCAGCUUUGUCGUCUUAAAAAAUGUGUGACGUGGACUGCAUUUCCUGGAAUUCCUUUAGCAUUUUCCAGCGCAGCGAAAUAACCAUCUCUGUGUGCUAUUUUUUACAUCUAACGACCUCAUCAAUCCCUAACGCGCAUCAUCGUUGCAAAAAUGCAUGAUUAUCGGAAAAAGCGGGCAUUUACAUUUUUCGC